AAUAAACAAUCGAAAAAUCUGACAUUUUACUGAAAUAAUACCGUUUGAUAAUCUCUUCUCUUACUUUGAAAUGGUCUCGUGAUCCCGAUACACGCGUUCAGGAACUAACCUACUUUUCUUUGUAAAAAGUAGAUGUUUCUUUCCGCAAUUCUUCCAUCUAAAAAUAAAUUUCCAGAACAAAGUAACUCCGAUUGCACUUCCAAAAUCUAUCAUAUGGGUUUCGAAGCGUACAUAUUGUACAGCAGCAAAUCUGACGGAGGCCUUCUGUUAUCAAUACAAUAGAUGUACUAAUCCGGUCAUGCGGUACGCGUCCUCUACUUUUGGCACAAACUAUUGUUAACGACCAAACAGCACAAAGGCUUUUGUAAAUUAAGAUACAAGCAGUCGGAACUGUAUAACGGCAGCAAUAACAUUUAGGGACAAUUGGAUAAUUGACGAAGGAGGAGCUUGCUUGACUAUUAUAUAAAAUGAACACUUUGGAUGCAUCAAGAGCUCAGUCACUCCGCAGCACUCCAAGUCGGUCUUAGUGUAGACUUUAUCUCUCACGUGAAUAACAUAAUGAUGAGACGUAAGACAUGGAAUUAAAUUCACUGAUAUUCCUGUUGAUGUUAGUCUACUGCUCUCAGACUGUUUCCAGCAUAGAAAUAAUCACAGAGUCGAGUCGUCUUUGGCCAAAUCCUUUUGACAGGCUUUUUAAUGCCACCAAGUUUAUUCGCAAACCCGAAUCGCAGGAGAAACCGGAUUUGGAAUUUUACCAUCCCGACGAUCUGAAACUGUUGCAUACGGUCAAGAGUCAAAAGAUAAUUCCUCCGAAACAGCUCACCAAUGAUCAGCAGCAGCCUUAUCCAAUCGCAAAACUCGUCGAGGAACUGUUCCCCGGCUUCAAGUUCACCACUUCGCGACCACGGAAAUCCACUCAUCCGCCAGCACCUACAAGCAAGGAAAAAGUCAACCGACCUGUUAGAAAAUCAGGAAGCGCACCUAAGAAAAAAAGAAAGCAUUCAAAACCUUUCUGGGGUCCUCCUAUUACAACUACGUCACCUCGACCAAGGUUUUACACGAGACCAACUACGAGACAGAAUCCUUUGAAAAACAGCCAAGAGGACAACAUUGAAGACUCUGAAGAGCACAGGCCAUUGGAUGAGGACUUCUUGGCCGUAGCCAAUCCGCCCACUACGAAAAAUUCAGAAGCUCCGGUGAUAAAAAUAAAGCCUUCUCAUCCUUUCUGGGGCCCUCCAUUUGCAACGUCAACUACCUGGCCGCCGUACAACACGAGAACAGCGUCAUCUGCGAUUCCUCGCGAAACGGAAGACGAUUUUCCCUUCCAUCUUUCCAACGUUGCCAUCAACAACAACGAUAUUUCUGAGCACAGCACCCCAUUUAGCCCAAACGUUGCGGAACUGAAACAAUCUUACGACCAAGCGAACAGUAAUGAGCGUACACUACCGGAACACUUCCGAGAGCCGGUCCAUUUGAAGCCCGGCCCACCGUAUCACGAAACAACGAGUAAGCAACAACAACAACAACAGGAGCAUCAUGAUCCGUUGGACCAAAACAUCUGGCAUCCGCUCACGCAAACAGUUACGGAGCCGACGUUUAUCCCGAUACCCCCCAAAUCGGACUUGCCGCAACAGCAGCUGCUGGAACCGGGAGUCGCAGACAAUCACGAGCAACACUUUCCUAUCUAUUCCGGCAUCACCCCCAUUCUGGAUGUGAGCCAGCUUCAAUCAAAGGAAACCGACUCUGCAGCUUUGGCUUCGUACCCGAAGAAGACCUAUCCGCAUCCCGCCAAACCGGAAACUCACGUUAUUUAUCACCAACCACCUGCGACGCACAACAAUUACUAUCACCCGCCGACUGGGCUGACUCACGUGGAUUUCAGUCCGAUAUUCUUGGCCAUCGUCCCGAUCGCCUUGUUCUUGGGUGCAGCGGCAGCUUUCGCAUUGGCAUCCGCAGUGACUUCCAGCACGGCAGUGGCGACAGCUCAACAGCAGCAACAACAACAAGAAGAGAGCAACAGCAACAACAAUAAUGAUAACAACAGCAACAACAACAACAUGAACACCAUUCUAUCUCUGCUGGCAGCAUUCAACGAAGUCAAGAAACAUCACGAUGACAGUCACAAGAUUGUCAUCGUCACCGAUGAGCCGGAUCUUACUAAGGUGGCCGCCACUGAUGUCCCUGCUGUAACGAUCGACCCGCCGCCGUCGCCGUCACCGUCGCCGUCGCUUCCGCCUUCGCUUCCACCUUCGCCUUCGCCGCCGCCUUCGCCGCCGCCUUCGCCCUCGCCCUCGCUAUCCUUAUCAGGGCCGUUCUUCGUCAAAGUAAAUUUAUCAACGACGCCAACUCCGCCAGGAGAGUACGACCACAAAAAGAUGAUGUAUUAUCACCAUAUGAAUGGAGUUACGUGAGGGCAAAUAUUUCGCCGGCGACUGAACAAUCAACGGAAUUUUCUAUGAAACAUGCGCAUUCAAUUAUUAAUGAUUUCCUGUUUGACCUGUAACCGAACUAACCCCCAUCAUCUAUAUUGAGAGCUUUAAAACUAAUUUAUUAUUACGCUUGCCAUUUUCUAUAACCCUGUAAUAACGGCUGCAGUUGAUUCACGAGUUACAAAUGAAAUAAUCACAUGAGCAACCUUUUGAUUUACAAUGACAUUUUGGGGUUAUAGUGUGCAAGAUAAUUUCACCGUUCCGUUAUAGUCUAACAGCUACGCUUUAAUUUUCGAUUUUAUUGUUCACUUUUGAAGCUUCGCUGUGCGUAUAAACCUUUUU